UGAUGCCGACAAGCAGAGAUAGUAAACGCUGGUUUUUCGUUUUCCUGCUGUUCUCGUCUGGCGUACCGCGAGCUGAAAUACCAUCAUAUGACAACUUUCUUCGCUAUGGUUUCCGACUUACAUCUGUGAAGACCGGGUUUCCUAGGAAAUUGAUGCCGCCUUCUGUUUUGCACAGCACGGAUAUGUGGAUGAAUCCCUAUGUGUGGCAAUUAGUGAAGCAGCUCAGGCGUCAGCGACGAUUUUGGACAGCACCUAGAGGUGCUGGAUUUUGGGAGAAGGAUGUGCAAGGUACGUGGAGGGAACAUGGGCUUGCUUUUCCUGAUUGGGAAGACAAACAGUAUCUGGACAGAUACAGAGUCACAAAAGCAACAUUCCGGUUUCUAUCUACACGAUACGGCUGGCGUCUACAAAAGCAAAACACCAAUUUGAGGAAACCAAUAAAUGCAGACAAGCGCUUUGCAAUUACUCUACACUGGCUUGCUCAUUCAACGUCUUUUUCAGGACUAUCUAUAAUCUACCGAGUUGCAAAGGCCUCUAUUGUGUCAAUUGUGCACGAGGGAAUGUAUGUGUUGCGUCGGUUUCUAGUUCCAGAUUCUAUUCGUUUUCCCACUGGAGAUGAACCGGACCAAGUUAUUGCUGACUUUGAAGCACUCUGUUGUUUGCCUCAGUGUGGUGGAGCAUAA